AUGUUUGAUGACAAGUGUGGACAGCAGGUGGCAGCAGAGGUAUUGUACAGUAGAACCCGGCUGGCAACAUAUCUACCUGGACUGAAUGCUCUGGUGCAGCGUAUUGCCAGCACCAUGGACUCUUCUCGUGUUGGAUCUUAUGGCUCUGGUUAUCCCAAUGUACCAAAAUUGGCUUCCUUAAAUGAAGCACUUACAUUGCAGAAUGAUGAGACCAUGGGACCUUUUGAUGACAAGGACCAGCUCUACUUUAUGCCGGGUAACAUAGGUUUAGAAUCUCAUCUGCAGUUUUCAGACCAAAGGACCAGAAACAUGACAGCCCCUGAACUGCGAAUAACUUCAUCAGCCUCUGAGAGAUGUAUGCCUGGACUACUUCGCAAUGAAAUUUUUGAUGUUCCAGUCACGAAUCACAGUACCAAUACAGAAAACCAGGAUUUUGCCAACUCCUGCGUUGAGUGUGUUAUACAGUCAUGCCCUGAAAAGCUAAAGAAAGAUCUUCAAAACCUGUUUCCUGAGGCGCCGAACUCAGAUGUGACGGUGAUCACAGUGUCACAUAAGACUAAAAACGACAUGACUGCGUGGAGUUCUGCUGUGGAAGAAGAGAGAGCUCAUUUGCUUGACAAAUUUGUAGAAGGAGCGAAGAAAAUCUGCUUCAUCCUACAAAAAGAGGGAUUCUGGGCAGACUUCAUAGAUCCAUCCUCAGGCCUGGCGUUUUUUGGUCCUUACACAAACAACACAUUGUUUGAGACAGACGACAGGUACCGUCUUCUGGGAUUUCAGAUUGAAGACCUGGGUUGCUGUCGAGUGAUUAGACAUCCUUUGUGGGGGACACAUGCUUUUGUGGGAAUAAUAUUUAACAAUGCACCACCCAAUAGCCUUAUCAUGAAGAAUUUUCAGGGCUUUUAA